UUGAUGUGAUAUGCACUCCAAUGGGCGCGUCCGAUUCUAAACUCAGCUUUAAGCAGGGCAUCUUCCGCCUCUCGGAACCCAAGCAGAUCCCCGCCGACGACAGCUACUGGACAGGCUUUUGGGAACUGCCCGAGUCGGCUGAAGAUGUCUUCUCGCUCUUUUCUCCUGCCGACAUUCGUCGCACACGCGAUAAUAAUCUCGCAAACCUCGAAACCCUCAUCCUCGCCGUGACCUCCCGCCUAUGCGUCCUCCGUAGCCACCCUUCCUUCCCCGACUUCGAACUUGCUCCCGAGCGGGACGCCCUCAACUGCAUUCGUGUUCUUACCCGUAUUCUUCCUUUCAUAUACGAGGCCGAUCAUCUUGAGUCGUGGGAGGACAAGUUCUUCUGGUCUGCACGCCUCAAGCGCACCCGCCAUGGCCAUGUGCGUUCCGAGGUGCUCUUUGAUGAAGCAGACCCAGAACAGACGCCUACCGAAAAGGAGCCCGAGUUCGAGAAGGCGAAACCCCUCGCCGAGGAGAUCAUUGAUACGCUGAUUGACCUACUCUUUUUCUCUGAAUUCACCCUUCCAAAGGGCCCUGCUGGGAAGGAUAAAGUGACCUAUGCGAUUUGGCAGAGCGGUGUCGGUUGUAACACCCCCAUUGCCUCCACCAAAGAAUAUGAAAACAACAGAAUGGAGAUUCUGCGCCUAUUGCUUACUUUUGCAAGCAAGUCCAUGUAUAUGUCUGCCAAUGUCCUACCCGUCAAAGGUGUCAGAGCAAUCACUUACAUGGCGAGCUGUUCCGAUAAACAAGUUGUGUUGUCGGUUCUAUGCUCAUUACUGAACACAACUCUCAAAUACAAUCCGGCUUCAUGGAGAGUGCCGUAUGAUCACGUCAUGUUUAAGGACCAAAAGCAGAUCCUAGUCACAUACUGUCUACAACUACUUUUAGCCUUGGUCCUCUAUCCUAUCCCUGAGCCUGGUACAGGGGCUGCUCCGCGCAAUACCUUCAGAUACUUCCUGGGACGUUUGCACAGGCCCCAGGAUUUCCAGUUUCUGGUAGACGGAAUGACAAGAAUCUUGAAUCAACCUCUUCAAGCCACCUCCACAUAUCUCCCCGGCAGCUCCAAAUCUAUCACAUGGGCGCCUGAGAUGAUCAUGCUGUUCUGGGAAGCGCUUCAGUGUAACAAACGCUUUCGAUCCUUCAUAAUAGAUACGGAUCGAGCUCACGAUUUUGUGGUGCUGGUGCUGUACUAUGCGAUCGAUCAGCGUACCGACCCUACAAAACAAGGUCUUGUACGCAUGUGUGUAUUUGUGUUACAAACUCUUAGCGUUGAACCUCAAUUUGGGAAGAGCCUGAACAAAACUUUCGAGGGCCAGGAAACGCUACCCACGAGCAUUCGGAUCCCUAAUUUCCAUGGCACCUAUGCUGACUAUCUCAUCACCUCAAUAUACACGCUACUCACAACCAGGAAAGGAAAACUAGAUGCCAUUUAUCCGGCAUUGUUGGCCAUCAUCAACAAUAUCGCAGCCCAUGUGCAGAACCUUGGCCGCGCCCCAAGUUCGAAGUUGCUUCAACUUUUUGCAUCCAUGUCUUCACCGAGCUUCCUUUUGGCCAAUGAGAACAAUCACACGCUUCUUAGAUCUCUGUUGGAGGCAAUCAACGCCAUCGUCGAGCACCAAUAUCGAAAUAACCCGAACCUUGUCUACGCCAUUGUAAGAUCACGGAAGCGGUUUCAAGCUUUGAGAAAUUUCACACUGGAGAGUGGUCAGGAAGAGAUUGAACGUCAGAAUCAGUUAAGAAAGGAGGGUGGCGAGGACCCUACCCGAAAAAACUCCGUGGACAGUUUGCGGAGCCCAACCUUGUCUCGUACACCAACAUUGAGCAAUGUUCCGGAGGAGAAUAGCGCAUUUGCUAUUGGCGAUGACGAUGAUUCGGACGCAGGAGAUGAUCAGCGCUCACCGCGUCCUCAAUCUCCUCCACUAUCACCUUCUGGAGCUUCCAGGAGCGCUUCAAUUGCUUCCUCGGUUGACGAAUCAGUGCCUCUUCAACUUCGAGGAAUGUCAGAGAAAGCACGUGGGAAAAUGCCAAUUGGGCAGCCCGCCUUUUCACGCCAGAACAGUACUACCAGCCUGGCAAGUCUUGCCACACCUGCGCUAGCAGCUAGUGAAUUCUUCACGCCAUCUAGUCCAUGGAUCGAGAGCUGGCUACCGGAGCUGCCACUGCAUACAAUUCUCAUGCUGGUUUCUGAACUUGGGCCCAAGAUGCCCGCAAGUGGCAGUUCCUCGGCUGACAUAGCCGCGGCUUUGGAUACUAUCCGCACCACAGAGAUUCGUGGCAUCGAGCCCUCACCCAUCCGUGUUCACUCGUUCGAGUGGUCACCUUUGUCCCUGGGCUGGUACGAGUCGCUUCUUUGGAGUUUUAUCUUCGCGGGCGAAAUGCUCGUGAGUAAAGGAACAGCCGGCGUAUGGAACAACACAAGCAUCAGGCUAUUCAAAGUUCAAGAAGCUGCAGCUGCAGCGCCUAGUCUUUUGGCUCCCAGAGGUGCAGUGGACGCGGUUGGAAGUAAUCUUGUCCAGCGAAUAGGAAAUCUGAACAUCAGGAAUGCGGGUACGUCGGUCGGUCAGGGAGCUGGGGUGCAGAGGGGGACGACAACGCCUGGAGCCGGGACUGUCAGGGAUGUGUAA